AUGGGUUGCUGCAGUGCUUCCAUCCAACUUGCCUCACUAUUUAUACUGCCAGGAAUUUUAUCCCUUAAAACCAUUCAACUUGGUUUCUGCAGUGUUGAUCAUAAUGUGGGAUGCAUAGAUAUAGAGAGGAAAGCCCUUCUCAAGCUCAAACAAGGCCUCAUAGAUCCUUCUGAUCGGCUUUCGUCUUGGGUGGGAGAAGAUUGCUGCAAAUGGAGUGGUGUAGGCUGCAACAACAUAACUAGACGUGUCAACAUGCUUGAUCUUUGCAAUCGCUAUGGGUAUGUUGACGAAGCAACAGAUCAUGCAUUUGGUGGUGAGAUCAACCCUUCUUUGCUUGUUUUGAAAGAUUUGGUUUACUUGGAUUUGAGCAUGAAUAACUUUGGAGGUGUCCAACUUCCAAGUUUCAUUGGAUCACUAGAGAAACUGAAAUACCUCAAUCUCUCUAGUACAUCUUUUGGUGGAAUCAUUCCCCUCAAUCUUGGAAAUCUCUCAGGCUUGCUUUAUCUUGAUCUUGGUAAUGACUUUGGUCACCCAAUUGAGACUAACCUUCAGUGGCUUGCAACUCUUUCUUCCUUAAAGUACCUUAACUUGGAAGGAGUGAACCUUGCUAAGACUACAUCCUAUUGGCUUCCCACGGGUUCAAUCCCAAAAUCGAUUGAAAAUUUAACAUCUUUGGAGGAGUUUGACCUUGCAUGGAAUCAAAUGAGUGGGAUCAUCCCAGAAAGUCUUGGGGAGCUUUUAUCGCUGGUUUCACUUGAUAUCUAUGGCAACACAUGGGAAGGUGCCAUUAUAGAAGCUCAUUUCGCGAAACUUGGAGGCCUGAGAAGAGUAUCAAUUGAAAACAAUUUAUCCCCAAACAUUUGCUUGGUUUUCAACAUAAGUUCUGAUUGGAUACCUCCUUUCAAAUUAAGAUCCUUGUACAUUAGAUCAUGCCAACUAGGUCCCAAAUUUCCUACACGGCUUAGAAAUCAGACUGAGUUGACCACGGUGGCACUCAAUAAUGCUAGGAUUUCAAACACCAUACUAGAUUGGUUUUUGCAGUUGGAUUUGCAAUUAGAUUAUCUAGAUGUCUCUUAUAAUCAACUAAGCGGCACGGUGCCCAAUUCAUUAAGAUUUAGCUUUUAUUCCGUUGUUGAUUUGAGUUCAAACCGCUAUGAGGGCCCAUUCCCACUCUAG